AUGCCUCCUCUUCGCAAAGCGGAUCGAAGGAGAUCCGAACAGUCGCCCAUGACCGAGAUGUCAACCGUAUCGGCACCCUCGACGCUACGGGAAAGUCAAGAGUCGUUCGUUGAAAAGCCCAUGACAGUCCACCCGGUCUAUGGGAGCUAUAGAGAAAGCGUGUCCCUCGAUCAGCCCAGGCUUUCGCGGAGACCAGGUUUAUCAGACCUUCAUAACAGAACCCUCUCAGAUCUCAUGACAGAGAGCAUACCCGACAGUGCGUUGGAACCGCCUAGUGGAGGAUUCCCCCUGUUUGCUCCUGGAGCAGGUUCUACCUAUUCCGAGUCGCAGACGCGAAGCUCGUCUCCCUAUCCGGUACCGUCUCCUUUCCGAAGUCAAGAAACAUUAAAGCCCCUUGUUCCCGACGCUCCCUCGACUUACUUCAAACGAGACUGGGUCAAAGAAGGCUCAAUCGCCCAACUACAUUCGAGAGACGACAAAGAGUUCCUGUCGGGCAGGAAGAGAUGGCUUUUCCGCUGGGUAGCCCCGCUCCUGUGCUUGAUUUCCCUCUCGUUAUACUGGUUCUACUUUGGCCUGCGCAUUACCUUCAUUGUCGACGCCCAACGCCAUUACAAGGCCCCAUUUCCAUUGGCGUGGGUCUUUGUGGCCAUUGAAAUCUCUAUUGCCAUACCGAUAUUCAUGCAGACGUUGUGGUCCCUGUUUAUCAUCAAGAAACGGCAUAGACCAAAGCUGAGACUCGUCGGGAAUGACGUGCCUACUGUCGACGUCUUUAUCACGUGCUGUGGCGAGGACGACGAUCUCAUUCUCGACACGGUUCGCGCAGCUUGUGACUUGGAUUACCCUCAAGAUCGAUUUCGCGUCAUCCUGCUCGACGAUGGCAAGUCAGACCCCCUCAAGAACGUGCUGGAAGAGAUGCGCGAGACGUUUCCGAAUGUUUACUACAUGCGCCGCCCGAAAUUCCCCAACGUCCCUCACCAUUUCAAGGCUGGCAAUCUGAACUACGGACUGGACGCCGUUCACAGCUUGCCGGGCGGCGCCUCGGAGUUUAUGGCCGCUUUGGAUGCCGAUAUGAUACCCGAACAACAAUGGCUGAGAGCUGUUCUCCCCCAUUUGCUGAUCGAUGACAAAAUGGGUCUCGCUUGUCCACCUCAACUCUUUUACAACGUUCCAAGAGACGAUCCUCUCUGCCAAAGUCUGGAUUUCUUCGUCCACGUUUCUGAACCGGUCAAAGACGCUUUGGGGGUGGCAUGGUGCACAGGUUCUGGAUAUGUGGCUCGAACUACCGCUCUAGCGCAGAUUGGCAACUUUCCCUGCGGAUCACUGGCAGAAGAUGUGGCGACAAGUACCCUGCUGCUUGGUUCUGGCUGGAAGACGGCCUUUGUCCAUGAGGCUCUGCAGUUUGGCACCGUGCCCGAAGAUUACGGUGGUCAUCUCAAGCAGCGUACACGAUGGGCCAUUGGCACAGUUGACACUGCCUUCAAGCUUCGAUUCUGCCUGUGGGGUGACAAGGUCAAGCAUAUGACCUUUGCGCAGCGGUCGUCCAGCUUCAUCUACGCCUUUCUCAGCUUGUUCAACAUCUUCCUCACCCUCUCCAUCUUCGCCAUGCCGAUUGUCCUGAUCGCCAACAAGCCACUCGUUGCAUAUGCAAACGAUACGCAACUUCGGUGGUUGAUUCGUGUGUGUUUUGCCAAUAUGGUGUUUAACAGGUUGUGCGAGUUUGUCCUCUUCAUACCAGCCGGAUACGCCACUGGGCAAAGAGGAAGCCGGUAUCAGCUCUGGAUGGCCCCGUACAUCUCCCUCACCAUCAUCAGAUCGUUUGUUCUUCCGACUUGGCUGGGUGGACAAAGACAAGCUUUCAAAGCGACCGGGUCGAUCAAGUCUGCCCUGAAUGAGCGAGAUCCCAAAAGGCGAGCACCUAUGUGGCGGCGCAUCUGGACGAUUUGCGUCAAUUAUCUAGCUGGCUUUCACGUGGCUUAUGUCUAUUUUGUCCUCGUUGCCGUCACGCUGUCAUCAUAUCGAACGUUCCUAACCCAGCAUUCUCUGAGGGGGAAGCUUGUCGGUCUCCUGACGCACGCAUUCUGGCCUCCAUUGGCGUGGUUAAUUGUGUGCUCAUCCUUUUGGAUCCCCUUUACCUAUGCCUGCGACCCUCCCAACUGCCCGGAUCGCGAGGAGCUUUUGAUACGCGACCCGAAGACUAAUGUCGCACACCCGACCCCAGAGGCGAAGAAAAUCGCGUUUGCUCCACAAACGGUCCUCUUCGAAUUGGAAUACUCCAUCACCACUGCCUUCACCGCGUUAGUAUUUGUCGCGGCAUUCUUUUAUUGA